AUGAAGGGGUUGAAGGAAGUCUUGAGAGGCAUCAAGAAACAAGGCUUGUAUUCCCUUGAAGUUGAAGUCAAAAGUGGCUCCGCUGAUAUUGCAUCAUUGAAGCACAUGAAAAAGACUCAGUUAUGGCACAUGAGACUUGGACAUGUCAGUGAAAAAGACCUAGUCAGAUUAAGCAAGCAGAAUCAAUUAGGUGUUGAUAAGCUCGAAAAGCUGGAGUUUUGUGAACCGUGUGUAUUUGGUAAAGCAUACAGAGUGAAGUUCAACAAAGACCAACAAAGAACAAAUGGAUCUCUUGAUUGUAUCCAUGAUGAUCUUUGGGAACCUGCAAGAAACCCAUCGCACUCAGGUGCAGGGUAUUUUCUAUCCAUAGUUGAUGAUUACUCAAGAAAGCUUUAG